CGUCAGUGUAAGUAUGAUUGUUGCUUUUUGUAGAUUUCUGGGAUGGCGGUUGAAAUUUAAAAGUGUUUCUCCACAUUUAUGAGAUGUUUCUUGAUAUUUUUUUAAUUCCCUGCGGGGCCGACACGUGACAGUCAGGUCGCGGUUUUUUAAUAAAAUUGCAUAUAGAUUUAAAUGUCUGAUGAACCUUGGUCGAGUUGAGCAUUGCAGACUGCCUACAUCAGUGGUCCAUUCAAGGAAUCCAAGUUCUGCAAACGCCUCAUGUCUAUUGAUAGCAGACAUUAUGGUGUUAAAUAAAGAGGAAGAAGAUAAGAAGGAGAAACCGCAGUCAACGCACUGAAGCCGCCGACAGAAACAGCUCCAGUGUCAGAACCACGAUGAACCAAGUGAAGCGUUUCAUUCUGCUCAUCCUCUCGCUGGCGACAGGCUGUGAGGUCGGGUCUGAAGUGACAGGAUGCGCAAACCGAUGGGCUCAAUUCUCCUGGAAAUAUACUAAACCAGACAAACUCAAAGAAAUCAAGAUUCCGUCCAAAUCAAUCAAAAUCACAUGCAAUAACGCAAUAAAAGGCAGAUGUCAUUGUUACCAUGAUACAAAGAGUGCAACAGUAUGGUUGGUUAUCAAAGAACUUAGACAGAACGAUGCUGGUGAAUACAGCUGUAUAUUGGACAAAGGACGAACUGAGUCAGUGAAACUGGAAUUAAAUGAGAAAACUACCUGCCAGAAAGCGCUUGAUCGAACUGCGUAUGCAACGGCUAAAACCACCAUCGCGUGCGAGUACCCAGACAACGAUCGGUCCAGUGUCAAGUUUUUCUGCAAAAAGGAAAAUGGAAUCUGUGAGGAAAUUGUAUCAACGCGAUCUUCUCAGAAGUCAAAGGGGAAGUUCACGCUCUCGAUCACUGGAAGAGGCUUCGACGUGUCCAUCAGCAACAUGUCCUCGCAGGACAAUGGCGUCUACUGGUGUGGAUUCAAAAUCGGCAAUGAUACAAGUCCAGGUGUUGGUCUGCGAAAAAUUAUACUGAAGGUUCAAAAUGCCACUUACUUCACAAGAUCCCCAAAGGCCGGAGAGAAUCUCACAUAUUGGUGUAUUUACAAGAAAGUUUCUCCGGAUAAUAUUUUCAUUUGUAAGGGAGAGGAUCCAUCGAUAUGUCAAACUCUAGUAAACACGACAAAGCCCAACGUCGGGAAGUUUUCCAUGACGGUUGACAAGCGGCAGAAGAAGAUCUUUGUAACGGUGAGAGGUCUGACGGCGGGUGACAGCGGGGCGUACUGGUGUGGAGCGGGCGCGACUGACCGAGGACGCAGCCGACAGUUCUUCAACAGACUCAUCUUGACUGUGGACACUGAUCCGACUACGCACACGCAACAUUGGCCCCACGCAGGCGAUGUUGAGACGAGUCGUCCUUCAGACCACGUGACUCCUGCACCAGAUGAGAGUCGCGCCGGAUUCUCUGAGCUCGUCGUCUCUGUGAUCCUCGUCUCUGCUGCCGUGCCGCUGCUGCUGCUAAUUCUGAUCCUCAUCUACAAGCGAUGUUCACACUCACACGGCUCAGGUGUCAGAGCAGCAGCACGGCAGGACGGAGAGGUCUGGAAUGACUAUGAGAUGCAGGAGCACGUCCAGACACCAGACGCAGGAAACGACCUCCACACAAACAUCUCUGACUCGCCAUAUUACAACACCAUCCACUUUCGCGCCGGCGGCGGGCCCCCGACCCCCAGACCGAGCUCCUCCGCCUGCGAAUACACAACUCUGAAGUUCGUCCGCGGCCCGAGCGACCGCGGAGCUGCGGAGGAUCCCAUCUACUCAAAUGUCAACGAGCCAAAGCUUGAUCGGAAAAUAUGAAAUCUACAUGAACUGGGGCCCAAGAGUUCAGGCUGGUUACACAGAAAGAACAGUGAACAGGCUGGUGCCUCGUGUUGGGCUCCAUCAGCCAGAGGCCGAGCCAAGCUGUAAACGUCGCUUUGCUUUAAAUGAAAUAUCAAAAGUGUUGAAGGAGACGUUCGUACUGAGGACACAUCUCAAAUAUCAGUUCUCUAACACGACAGAUUGGUCCUGUAAUGAUCAGAUUACGUUUGUCUGAGACGUUGAGAUUGUUCCUCACACGGCUGCGUCUCUAUCAGUUUGACAGAAUCUGCAUCGCAGUGGAAACAUCUCACAUCUCACAGCGUCAUCAGUUCACACGUACGUCAAACGCCGUGUGGUUCCGUCGCGGCUGCAGAUAAAUGUUGAAAACUCCACUGACACGUUCCUUCACAUGAUCGGGUGUGAACGAUAUGAUAUCCGAUUAUGAUUCAUCCUGAGGAGGACCAGUGCAGAUUUCUGCUCCCAGAACAUCCUGGUCACCAACGGUAACGGACGAAUGUGAACCUCUUGAAACUGACACUCGACCUUUAUUGAGCGUUCGUCUUCCCACCAUCUUUCAACCAGCCGAUCAGGACCAGUGCUCUGUGACUGACAGCAAAGAUUAAUGAUAUAUUAUAAAUCUUUUUACUCGCGUGACUCUUCACACAGCUGAUCCAUCGGUUCAGUUUUCAAAUUACAAACCAAGAGAAAA